AUGACGAGGAUGACAAUAAUGACGUACAUGUGUGUGUGGAGGGGAAGAGAAGGGGGGGGUGUUGGUACACAAUGUGUACCUACGAACCUCGUUGGUGGUGACGUUGGUAACGACGAGGUGGAGGUGGUAGAGGAGGAAGCAGGAGAGGACGAGGAGGAUGACGAGGAAGAAGAGGAGCAGCGCGCACUGGCGGUGAAAGUAGACUGCAAUGCCUCUUCCGCCCCUCCAGUGGCUGGAGUGGAGAGGUUUGUGUUUGUGGUAUCAGGGCAAGUCAGCUUCACUCAGUACGGGACCCCAGGAGAGACCAAUGAAGGAGGUGUGGCCAAUCAGUGCUCGACGGUUAGUGAUGCUGUGAGCACCUGUGCAAGAUCCGUUGUUUUGCAGGAGGAUCUUACGGGCGACUCCUAUGUGUAUCUCCCACCGAAUACGCCCCAUUCCUUGGCUUCUGCGUCUGGAGCUACACUCGUACUCAUUCAACGCAGCACCGACAAGGAUUAUGAUCCGAAGAAAGAUGGGGAUUGCGCGGGGUUGAGGGAUGACGACGAGGAGGAGGAGGAGAAGGGUGAGGAGGAGGAGGAGGAGGAGGAGGAGGAGGAGGAGGAGGAGGAGGAGGAGGAGGAGGAGGAGGAGGAGGAGGAGGAGGAGGAAGAGGAGGAGGAGGAGGAGGAGGAGGAGGAGGAGGAGGAGGAGGAGGAGGAGGAGGAGGUGGAGGAGGGAGAGAGAGAGGGUAGUGGUGAGGAGGCUGAGGAGGAGGAGGAGGAGGAGGAGGAGGAGGAGGAGGAGGAGGAGGAGGAGGAGGAGGAGGAGGAGGAGGAGGAGGAGGUGUCCCAGCCAGGGAAGGCUAAGAGGAAGGCCAAGGGGAAGGCCAAGGGGAAGGCCAAGGGGAAGGCCAAGGGGAAUGCCAAGGGGAAGGCCAAAGGCAAGGGGAACGGGAAGAAAAAGGGCAAGGGUAAAGGCAUAGAAGUUCAGGAGGAGGGGGAGGGGAGAGGAUGGAAGGUGGUGAAUUGGCCACACGUGGCCUCGUGGCCCAAGUUGCCGGUGGUGCAGACCCCGAGCGCGAAGGGUGAGGCAGGCGGCAUUGAGCGCUUUGUUACAGCGAGGUUGAGUAAGCUGAAGCUUCGUGCAGCGAUCACGAAGCUUGUGGUGACCGGCGACUUGCCCUUUCGCAUCGUCGAGCUGGAUGCGUUCAAGGAGCUGCUGAUCCUGCUGAACGAAAAGUGUGGGGAAAAGGGCGUUAUCCCAUCACGCUGGACGGUGGCGCGCGACACCGUUGUCCUUGCUGACUUGGCGCUCGAGGCAGCGAUUGCAGAGCUGGCCUCUACAACCUGUGCCGUGUCGUACAGCACCGACAUGUGGACAGGCCCGAACGGCAAGGCCUACAUGGUGCUGACAGGUCACUUCGUGUCAGUACAGUGGGAGUUGCGCCAGGUGAUUCUUGCUUUCGUCGAGAUGCCUGGCAGGCAUGGGGGGAAGGAAAUUGCUAAGGCGGUGGAGAAGGUGGUGGUGCAGUGGAAGUUGCAGACGCGUUGCCUCGGUCUCACGACCGACAAUGCGUCUGCAAACGUAGUUGCUCUUCGGCACCUGGCGGAGGAGGGUGAAUUCUCGGGGUACUUCAGCGAGAAGGCGCACUACAGAGUCUCCACGGCCACCGAGGGGUCGACCUACCCCACUGUGUCGAUGGUGCUGCCUUACUUCUACGCCCUCAUCGACAGCCUGGAGAAGAAGCUGCACACAGGGAUGCAUGAACUAGUUCGUCCACUCAUGUCUGCCGCGCUGGGGCACCUGAAGCAGUACGAGUUUGCCAUCGGGGACGAGUACUGGAUCGCGACCUUCUUGGAUCCGUCCAUGAAGGCCGAGUACUUCAGGAUGACACACUGGGAGCUGAUGCAUCCAGGCAUAGUGGCACGUGACGGUGGGCGGCUUAAGCCACGUAUGAGUGCGGACAGGGUGGUGAGCUUGGUGCGCCGCCGAGUGGAGGAGUACCAAGCUCGAGCAGCACGUGAAGCUCCCACCCCACCACCAGCACUAGCAGCAGCAGUGGUGACACCGUUCGAGGACGACGACGACGAGUUUGUGUUCUCUAGGGCACAGCUGCAGAAGCGUGUUUUAGCUAGCGCAGCGGCGAGAGCGGGGGGAGGGGGGACGUCGGUGGGGGAUGAGGUGGAUCGGUACUUAGCGGAGCUGCCUGUCUCGGACGUGCCAGCACUGUAG